AUGACUAGAUCAUCAUCUUUGGAUAAACAUAAACCUAAAGUACUUCACGCAAAGUUCAAUAAUGCCAUAUCGGGGUAUUUGAAAUUUAUAUAUAUUAAUGAUAAGAAAACUUUGGUUAUUGGUCAAUUUUGUUCUGGAUUUGAAGGUUCUUCAAAUUGUUCCAAAAUUAUCCCUUCUCCUAAUGGAUAUAAGAUUAGAAUAGUAAGACGUCCUCAAUGUCCUUCCUUUAUACCAAGAUUCGACCUUUCACAUAGACUUAGAUAUAAGAUUACUCCAUCAGGUGGGACCUCUGAAAUGAAAUGUGAUUUUAAGUUUGGUUUAGAUGAUAUAAAAGGUCUUUUUGCUCAAGUUUCGCAAAAUCGUAAAGUAAUUGAUUUUGCUCCAAUUAAAUAA